AUGUUUAUACGAAUUAUCGUCCUUUGUGUCAUAAUAACUCAUAACGUUCAACUGAGUGAAAGCUUAAUAUGCUAUUCGUGUAGUAAUGAACAUGAAUGCAGUCAACGCCUGCCGCCAGUGGUUAUUCUAGGGAGUUGGAACCCCAACGGUCUCAUCACACCGACACCACUACCAGCAAGCGUUAGAACUGUUCAAGCCGAAAAUAAUGAUAAUCUUUUUUCAUGUUCUAUAAAGAUAACGCCAAAUGGCUGGACACUACGAGCUAUAAUACCCUCAUACGAAUGUCAAAGUUCAUCAUAUGAGUUCUGUUGUAACGAAAACUAUUGUAAUCAUCUACCAGCGCCGCCACUGCCUGCGUUAACUUCUCUUAAAUGUACUGUUUCUAAAUGUCCCAAUUCGAGUGUGACAUGUAUUCAACAUCGUGUCGCUCUCAGUAGCGCUACUGAAUCCUGCUCGGCGACAUUCGGCGAAGUUAAUUACAGAUAUUAUACAAAGGGCUGUCAACCAACCAUUCCCCACACAAAUCCGGCAUUUCAAGUGUCUCUAUACAAUAGACAGCCUAUGUUUUGUUGUAAUUCUCCGGAAUGUAAUACAGGACCUGAAGCAAAUGCAUUUAAAGGUAUAUCUAUUCAGUGUUACACAUGUGAUUCACGUGUAACCGGUUUGGAGGGUUGUAUGUUAUUCAAUGAAUCAAGUCCAGACGUGUACAAAGCAGCAUCAUCUAGUCGUGACGAAUCGUGUGCUACGAUCAUUGGUCUCAGUGGACAAGAUUCUGUUACUGGCACUACCUAUCCAGAUUUCGCUAUGCGUACAUUCAUUUCAAAAUGUGUUGAUCGAGAUUGGGGCACUGUUUCUUAUGGUGGUGCUACAUUCAGGGGUCGUAUUAAAUGUUGCACAAGUGAUUUAUGCAAUAAAGAAAAUAUAGACAUUCCAAAACGUUUUCGGAACGCUUUGAAGGGCGGCUUUUUCAUCAUUAGUGGUUUACUUAUCGCCAUCGGAAUAGUCGGCGGCAUUAUUUAUCUAUCUUGUUGGAGAAAGAGGAAGGCUAAGCAUGAUUCAUGUGUAACAAACGAAUCAGGCAUUAGACUUUUACCAUCUGAGCCAACACCUGGAACAGGAUGGUCACAACGAGGCACUGCUACUGAUUAUCCAGAACGGAGUGCCGCUCCAUGA